CGGAAAGUAAUAGUUCUAAUACGCUAAUGGUGCUUCUGUGGCAACAGGCAUCCUCCUCCCGUGUUGGGCAUGUGUAAAAGACAUGUUACCGCUGUGUGUGGGGAGAUUAGAGCGUUUCACAGAGAACAAUGGCUCGGCUGUUGCGAUUAGAGCCUAAAUCGAGCCAUAUUGCGGGUAUGUGUGUUAGAAAUGACGGGCAGUCAUCGCCAGGAGGUCACCUCAGCCACUCUGGAGGCGUCUUCUGCGGCCAGACAGACCGUGAGUGAGUCAUGUUUCACUGAGAGCAGCUUGGAUUCCGCCGAGCAUCUGUCCUGACCUCCGUUUCCCUCGUGAGCUCGUUGGUAUUAUCUCACAGGACACUGUGGGAUAUCACGUUCAGGACGAUGCCACAGCGCGCCGGGGCUCGACCGGAGCGACUGAGCGACGCCGAUGCGCUGCCGCGUCCCGUCGAGGCCGACGCCUGAGACGACGGCGCCGCCCCCCGGCCUCCGCCCGCGUGCCCUCGGUUGUUGUCCAGGGGAAUGCCUUGUGAACCCAGCCUCAGCUGCAGGGAGAUGCUGACGGGACAGAGGCUCUGCCAGUCCAAGUCCCACCAGGACUCGGUCCUGGCGGCGCUCAACCAGCAGCGGAAGGACGGCCUGCUGUGCGACGUGACCCUGGUGGCCGGCGAGCAGAAGUUCCACGCCCACAAAGCCGUCCUGGCGGCGUGCAGCGACUACUUCAGGGCCAUGUUCAGCCUGUGCAUGGUGGAGAGCGAGGCGGAUGAAGUGACCCUGCAGGGGGUGACCAGCGUCGGGUUGAAGCACGCUCUGGACUUCGCCUACACGGGACAGAUUCUGCUGGAGCCGGCGGUGAUCCAGGAUGUCCUGUCUGCAGGCAGCCACCUUCAGCUGCUGGAGCUCCUCAACCUCUGCUCCCACUACCUCAUCCAGGAGCUGAGCAGCGUCAACUACUUGGAGCUGUACCGCGUCGCCGACCUGUUCCACCUCCCGUCGCUAGAGGACGCUGUGGUGGCCUUCCUGGUGGAGCAUCUGUCGGAGCUGAGCCAGAGCCGCCAGGAGGAAGCCCUGCAGCUGCCCUACCGCCUCCUCAGGGAGGUUCUGAAGAGCGACCGCCUCACGUCCCUGAGCGAGGACGAAAUAUGGAAGCUGGUGGUUCUGUGGCUGGAGCACGACUGUCGGUACCAGUACACCGAGGACCUCCUGCAGCACGUCCGCUACGGCCUCAUGGACGUCCCCGCCCUGCACCACCUGGCCCGCAGCCACCCCCUGGUCCGCUCCAGCGCCACGGCGGCGGCGCUGGUGGAGGAGGCCCUGGACUACCACCGCGCCGCCUUCGCCCAGCCGCUCCGCCAGUCGGCCCGCACCCGGCCCCGCUUCCAGUCCCUCACCCUCUACAUCGUGGGCGGGCGCAAGCGGGAGGUGAGCCGGGUCCGGGAGCUGCGCUUCUUCAACCCGGCGGCGCAGGACCACGUGCGCGUGGCGGGCGGCUCCAACUGGAGCGAACUGGCGCCCAUGUGCACGGGCCGCAGCCACCACUGCGUGGCCGUGAUGGGGGACUUCCUGUUUGUGGUGGGCGGCGAGGCGGAGCACGCCACCGGGAGGACGUGCGCGGUGAGGUCCGCCUGCAGGUACGACCCCAGAGGCGACCGCUGGGCCGACAUCGCGCCCAUGAAGGCCUGCAGGGAGCACUUCGUGCUGGGGGCGCUGGGCCAGUUCCUGUACGCGGUGGGGGGCAGGAACGAGCUGCGGCAGGUGCUGCCCUCCGUGGAGCGCUACUGUCCCAAAAGGAACAAGUGGAUUUUCGUCCAGCCCUUCGACCGCUCGCUGUCCUGCCACGCCGGCUGCGUGGCCGACGACCUGCUCUGGGUCUCAGGUGGGGUGACCAACACGGCGCAGUACCAGAACCGGCUGAUGGUGUACGACCCAGAACAGGACCAGUGGCUGGCCCGCAGCCCCAUGCUGCAGAGGCGGGUCUACCACGUGAUGGCCGCCGUCCGGAGGCAGCUCUACGUCUUGGGCGGGAACGACCUGGACUACAACAACGACCGCAUCCUCGUCCGCCACAUCGACUCCUACAACAUGGACCUGGACCAGUGGACGCGCUGCUCCUUCAGCCUCCUCACAGGUCAAAACGAGUCGGGCGUGGCCGUGCACGACGACAGGAUCUACGUGGUCGGAGGGUAUUCCAUCUGGACCAACGAGCCCCUCGCGUGCAUUCAGGUGCUGGACCUGAGCGCCGAGGGGAAGGAGGAGGUGUUCUAUGGGCCAACGCUGCCUUUUGCCUCCAAUGGGAUCGCCACCUGUUUCCUCCCUGCUCCCUACUUCACUUGCCCAAACCUACAGACUCUACAAGUCCCCCAUCACAGGAUAGGUGCUGUUUAAACCGCUGCGCGACAAACAUGUACGCGGAAGCAGAGGGCGGGAGAGUCCCAACCCACAACCCUGUCAGCAUUGGCACAUUUGGCUGACAAUUAAAGGCCUGGUGGUAGUUAAGAUCUGGAACCUGCUGCCGCUGUUACGAGUACGUACAGGGAUUUCUGUGAAUAUAACAAGUACGCUCCUGAUACCAGGGCCAUGCUACUCUGCAAGCUUUUAGGCAACUCAGAUGCAAGCGGCUUUCACAAUAAAUGACAUUUGUUAUAUUUCCAGAGGAGUGAAGCACCAUUAAUGAUAUGAAGAGCAGGAUGAAACGCAAAUAAAAAUGCCAGAACACAAUGCUGGUCAUGUGACUUGUGGUUAGCAGGUACAGCUGAACAGCGAGUUUAAAGGAACUCUUUUCUAAUGAAGCAUCAAACCACUGUUUCAGCUUGGUGGCCUGGAAAACAUGCAGAUCAAGUAAAGUGAAACUAGUCUGGGCGGAACCUUUAGGCUGAAUAAGGUGAAUAUGAGCAAAUAUGGCCACAGCAGCUGUUUGUGAAAAACCUACCUGUGCAUGUGGGUGAGACAUUUCUAUUAUGCUCAGGACCUAAGACUGUUUGAUGAAUGUCUGGUCAUUCCCUUUACUCACAGUAUCUGCUCAGUAGUCUGUAUAUGAUAGAAUAACAUUAUGCAUUAUGCCGAUUUGAAGGAAAAAAAAGAAAAUGUUAGAGCUGCAGUUUCCUCAUCUGUCCACACCAUCUUAAAGAAUGCAUGGAGCUCCAGAAUCAAUGUGUGACAUAAUUAAAGACUGUUAAUAAUGGGCAAAAGGA